AGGCGGCAGGCGGCGCUGCCCCAUGGCGGCUGCCCCACCGCGCGCCCUCGCCGCCCGCUGGGCUCCAGCGGCCGGCCGGCCGGGUCAGCGCGGGGCGGCGCGGCCGGGCUCCGCGUGUGCGCGGGCGCUUGCCGCCCCCUUCUCGGCGGGCUGCACGCGAGUACGAGGCCGAAGAAGAAGUGGCGGCGGGAGGGGAGGACAGGAGACCCGGACAGCCGCGUACGCUCUGCCGGGGUCCGAGGACGCCCGCAGGGUACUCGCCCGGUUGGCAGCCGCCGAACGCAGCACACGGGCCAGGUACCCCGGCGCUGGAGGGCGGAGGGAAGGAGGGCGCAGAGGCUGCGCGUCAGCCGCUGCCGGAGGGCGUGUGGCUCGGGCCUGCGCGCCCCGAAGGGAGGCACGCUGGGCCAGGGCGGUGUCCGCGAAGGCCCCAGCUGCAGCCCGCGGUGGCGAGGCGCUCGCGGGCGUACUGGCGGGCGUGAGCUCCGCGGGCGGCGGCGGCGUUGCGGGCGGCCCCGCGCGGCUCAGCCAGUGGCGUUCCGCGCUGAGCGCCGCUCCCUCCUCCCCGCCGCCUGCCGCGCCCGCCCCGCCCCUGCCCGCCCCUCCCCGCAGGACUGCGCGUCCGGAGCCCGUUCCGCGUCCCCGCCGCCGGGAGGAGGUGCCCGCACGCUCGCGGCGCGCGCCGGGCCGCCAGACUCGGCCUGUGGGCGAUUUCCUCCGGACCCAGGUUCCCCGCCCGAAGAGGAAGAUGCAGACCUUUCUGAAAGGAAAGAGAGUUGGCUACUGGCUGAGCGAGAAGAAAAUCAAGAAGCUCAAUUUCCAGGCCUUCGCCGAGCUGUGCAGGAAGCGAGGGAUAGAAGUUGUGCAGCUGAACCUUACCCGGCCGAUCGAGGAGCAGGGCCCCCUGGACGUCAUCAUCCACAAGCUGACUGAUGUCAUUCUCGAAGCCGACCAGAAUGACAGCCAGUCCCUGGAGCUGGUGCACAGGUUCCAGGAAUACAUCGAUGCCCACCCUGAGACCAUCGUACUGGACCCCCUACCUGCCAUCAGGACCCUCCUUGACCGCUCCAAGUCCUACGAGCUCAUCCGGAAGAUUGAGGCCUACAUGGAAGAUGACAGGAUCUGCUCGCCACCCUUCAUGGAGCUCACGAGCCUGUGUGGGGAUGACACCAUGAGGCUGCUGGAGAAGAACGGCCUGGCCUUCCCAUUCAUUUGCAAAACCAGAGUGGCUCAUGGCACCAACUCUCAUGAGAUGGCCAUCGUGUUCAACCAGGAGGGCCUGAAUGCCAUCCAGCCACCCUGCGUGGUCCAGAAUUUCAUCAACCACAACGCUGUUCUGUACAAGGUGUUUGUGGUCGGCGAGUCCUACACCGUGGUGCAAAGGCCCUCACUCAAGAACUUCUCUGCUGGCACGUCAGACCGAGAGUCCAUCUUCUUCAACAGCCACAACGUGUCAAAGCCAGAGUCGUCAUCAGUCCUGACUGAGCUGGACAAGAUCGAGGGCGUGUUCGAGCAGCCGAGUGAUGAAGUCAUCCAGGAGCUCUCCCGGGCCCUGCGGCAGGCACUGGGCGUGUCGCUUUUUGGGAUUGACAUCAUCAUCAACAACCAGACUGGGCAGCACGCUGUCAUUGACAUCAAUGCCUUCCCAGGCUAUGAGGGCGUGAGUGAGUUCUUCACAGACCUCCUGAACCACAUUGCAACUGUCCUGCAGGGCCAGAGCUCAGCCACGGCAGCCACAGAGGACCUGGCCCCACCGAGGCACAGCAAGCAACUGGCCGAGCAGGCAGGCGGCCUGGCAGGCGAGCGGACAUGCAGCGCCACCCCUGGCUGCUGCGGUAGCGUGACAGGCCGGGACGCGCCCUGGAAGGCUGAGGCCGUCGCAGGCAGCAAUACCAAGCUGCCGCACCAGAGACUCAGCUGCACUGCUGGCGUGUCACCCAGCUUCCAGCAGCACUGCGUUGCUUCCCUGGCCACCAAGGCCUCCUCCCAGUAGCCAUGGAGCCAGGACCCAGAGGGACGGCGCGGGGCGCAGAGCAUACCCACUGGGCAAGCAGCUACUACUUAAGAAUUCCCAAUGAUCUGAUUAUUUUUUUUCUUAAUCUUUAACCUGAUUUUCUGAUGUCAUGAUCGAAAUGAGGGGUGGGGAAAGGUGGAAAAGAACACCAAGUGGUCCAGCCUCAUGGCAAAGGGAUGUCCCGCCUGAUUCCUGCUGUGCAGAUAUCCUCACCAAGUUUACACACGCUUGUGUUUUCAACACUAGGUCUGAAUGUGAGGUGGGGGUGUGUGUGCCCAUGUGGGUGUGGUUGCCGUGCAAGUGUGUGUGCACAUCCAUGUCUGUUGGUCUCCAUGGCCAGGCCUCUGGGGACCCUGGAGAGGAGGCUUCCUGGCCAGACUGUGUGGCUGAGCAGAGCAUGUGGACAGGCAGUUCCUCUCUAGGACCCUGUACCUGGAUUGCCCCUCCUUGUUUUUCCUCUGGCUGGUCUCCUGUGAGCUGCACUCGGCCAGGUAUGCCGCUCACCAGUCCUUCCCAAAGCCAGAGGAGGCACCAGGCCCCCUGGGGAGCUCUGUGCUGGGGCUCUGGGCCCCACCACACCUGCCCCGACAGGGAAAGGAGUUUUCCAUGGGCUGAGGUCAAGGCCCCAGCUGCUGCCACUCUUCACACCCCAGUGCACCCCACACAGGAGCCUCUUGCCCCAACCCAGUGCUGCCGCACCCCUGAACCCAGGAAGGAGGCUGCUGGGUUGGGGGCCUAGGCUGAUUCCAAGCCUGUGCCAAGGAUUUGUGCUGUGAUUUGGAGCAAAUCAUUCCGAAAGUCUUCAGGCCUUCGUCUCUUCGUCUCUAGUGGACAUUCAAGCCCUAAGAACCCUGAAGUGCCCGGCUUCUCUGGGAGGUUGUCCAGUGAGGACCAGGCACGGGGGCCUCUGCUUGGUGCUGUGGGGAUUGGAGGCCCCUCCUUACCCAGCAGACCAGUCCUCCUCUCCUGUGUGCAUUCCAAGCCCCAAGCACCAAGCCAGCCAGGUGCCAGGGACUGCACCUCCCCCACCUUAGGCACCCCUAUUGCCAUGGUAGGAGGCAAAGCCCCAGCUCUCCAGCCUGACCCCAAGGUCCCAGGAGACCAGCAGCCCACUGCAGAGAAUAGGGGGUAGGUGAGGAGCUUUCUUAAUCCCUAGAAGGUAUGGGACACUGGGUGAGGUGUGUGGGGCCCCCUGAAGAUGGUUUUGUGUCCUAAGAUACCAGUUUGAGAAAAAGAGCUCUAGACUGUCCUCUGACCAGUGGGACAGGACACUGGAAGGAGAGCUAUGUGCCGAGAGUGGCUGUGGUGUGGGGUAGGGAGGUACCCCCUUUGGUAAAGGAGGGUCUGGCUCCAAAAGAGGCAGAUGUCAUCAGAACUGGCCAGCUAUUUUGGAAACUGAGGGCCUAAUGAUUAACCACGUUUACACAACUUGAGUGUUGAACCCCGAUUAAUGUCUGUAUGUCGCCUUUCCUAGUUCUGACCCCGAGCCCAGGGAAGCAGGAAAGUGUGGCUGACCUCUUGCACUGCUUUGUCUCCAAAAUAAACUACUGAAAUCAAACUGCAUUUCACACGUGUUUACAAAGUGUUGAGUUUGUUAUGUCUUUCUCCCAGUCCUUAAAGAGAUGUUUAAUAAAACAGCUUUACCUUUUAAAAA